GAAAGUUUCAUCCGGUGUCCGCCCCACAGGCAGUGGCGGCCAAAGGAAGCAGUAUCGUUACCAUCCUGCACGCCAUGUCGCAUAACUUGAACAACCACCACCAUCUCACCGAGAGCCGAACCUCCUGCCUGGCGCAGACAGCUCCUUACUCAACACAAAUCUCGCAUAAUUCAUACAGAUAGUUCUAGACGAACUCCCCGUGCCAUGCCUUGUCUCCGCAUCCUUGCUGGACCGUCACUCGAUGACCUCACACCAAUCACGGCGAACUCUGGCAAAGCGUUGAAAAUCCAGAGCGAUGUUUUUGAGGGGAAGAUCGCGGCGUACAUCAAGGGGUUUGCUGACCCGAGCGGGAACGUUAGCGACAGUGCGUAUUUCGACAAGCGGUCGGGCGUGUCUUGGAGCAUACAGGUGCAGGGUAGAUUCCUGCAGCCGCAUUCCGCGGAUGACGUGCUCUUUGGCAAUGUCUUCGAGCGACCGCUGAAGCUCCCGUGGGGCUUCAGCGCCGCACUCAAGUUUAUGCAUUUCGUCGACCCUACGCUGGAGCAGGACCUCGCGUCCGGCAGUAAGCCAUGGGCUCUUUCGCCACUCAUCUCGACGAUGCCGUACCUCGAACAUAAGAGGGUCAACGGCCCUGAGGACGUUCCGCCGUUCCCGCCUGACGAGCUCGUCGGAAACGAUCUGUCCCAAUUGCAGCUAGAAAGCACCAAGAAGAUGGACGUCUCCAAGGACCGCCGCACGUUUUUCAAGGACGCGGCUACCAGGAAGGAGGUCGUAUUCGGUCCCGAGGACUUGAUCACCGCCGACUUCUGCUAUGACUACCUAGACUUCAGCCCGCAAGGCGUCCAGCUGCGGCUCCCCGGAGGCAUCACGAUCGACAUGAUGAAGUACUGGGAUGGACAGCGUGUUCCGUUCGUCUGCUGCGAGCGUCUGCAUCCUGGCGAUGAGCACAGUGAACCCUGGGGCCGGAUCCUCUGGUGUAUUGUCAUAGAGGCUGUCGAUGAGGACGAGGUGCCCGCCGCGCAUGGAGGCAAUGUUGAUUGAUGUCUCUGUGUUCCAAUAGAAUCCUUCCAUAUCUAAGAAUCAGGUUUUUUUGACAAGUGCGCACACAAUGAGGGCGUGUUCGUAAGUAGAGCGGUACAUUGGAUGAUAAUACACGUUGUUACACUCUGUGUC